GGUUUUCUCCAGACAUAUCAUAAAAAAAAAAGAACAUUCGUUUUACAGCGGGCUCAUGUGUAGGGCAUUAUAUAAACUCUCUUGGUUCCCUGGGCAUGUGUAAGAAAAAGUGGUAACUUCAUGCAUUUGCACCAACAUUUAUAAAUAAAGCCCUCUAUACAACUUUAAAUUACACGCUGUAUGCAAAUUGACCUAAGCGCAAGAUCACUAGAGAAUUUUUCUCUAGGCAGAAACGAACGCUAGCGCAUCUUUAUGAAACGCUCGCACUGCGGAAAUAAUGCUAGCAAAAAGUCACCUGCGUUCGGCGCCCAAGGCGCAACUUCGCUUAUUAGUGAAUAAGCCUAGUGGUAGCGAAUUUGCGCCCGUCGAAGUGGUGCAAUGUGUACAGCGCAGUCACUGGCGACAAUUCACACUUUAGUGAAUCUGCCCCAUCACGUCAUGUUUGCUAAUGGCUACAGAGCUGCACGGCUUCUCACGAUUUACUUUCCACUUCGGGUUUUAUACCGACACCUAGAGACUAAAAGUGAGAACUGCAACCCUCUACUUGCAACCCUCUCAUGUUUGGGGGCAGUUCCUCUCAAAGUGCUUUGUGAAACCAUGACAUCUGAAAAAUGUCAGAGGAAUGCCUACAGGGCUUUGCGCUUUCUGCCAACAAAAGAAUAAAUGAACAAAGCUGAUUAUGCCAAAGAGAGAGAUAUCUAAAGCAUAAUGGAAGGUUCCAGGCAGACUCGUGUGUCCCGGCCACACAAGAUCAGUGAGUCCUCAAAGCUAUACAGAUGGGAGGACCAAGCUACACAUGUCCUACAUACUUUUAAUGAACAAAGGCAAAAAGGCCUAUUCUGUGAUGUUGUCUUGGUAGCAGAUGAGCUGAGAGUCCCUGCUCACAGAAACCUCCUGGCUGCUUGUAGUGACUAUUUUAAUUCUAUGUUUACUAUUGGAAUGCGUGAGGCCCACCAAAAGGAAGUUGAAUUAGUUGGGGCUUCUUAUAUAGGACUGAAAGCUGUGAUUGAUUUCUUGUACAACUGUGACCUGUCCUUGGAUGGUGGAAAUAUAGAUUAUGUUUUAGAGACCGCUCACCUUUUGCAAAUCUGGAAAGUAGUGGACUUCUGCUGUGAGUAUCUGGAGAAUGAAGUGAGUGAAGAAAAUUAUCUUUACCUCCAAGAACUGGCUUCAAUUUAUAGUUUGGAACGCCUUGUUUCUUAUAUUGAUUCCUUUAUUCUACAGAACUAUGCCACACUUUCCUUCACAGAUAACUUUUUGCAAAAUAUCUCCACCCAGAAGAUUUGCCAGUACUUAAGCAGCAGCCAAGUACAACAUGUAGGUGAACAUGAUCUCCUGCAGUCUGCUCUGCAGUGGUUGACACAUUCUCCUGAAAGAGACAGUCUAGCUUAUCAGGUCCUCCAAAACAUUCGGUUUCAACUGAUUCCCAAGAGUGACCUCCUACACAGAGUAAAGCCUGCAGUAUGCUCACUUCUCUCAAAAGAGGCUAACUGUGAGAGCUUGGUGGAGGAAGCUGUCUAUUAUCAUAAUAAUGUGUCUUGUCAGCCAUUGCUUCAAAAUACAAGAAGCUCCCUGCGUGCUGGGGUCGAGAGACUUCUGUUUGUAGGAGGAGAAGUAUCUGAACAUUGUCUUGAGCUGAGUGAUGACAUCUGUAGUUUGGACACUACAAAGGAGCAAUGGUUGUCUGAAACACAGCUGCCAGCAAGACGGAGCCAUCAUUGUGUCACGGUUCUAGGAAACUUCAUCUUUGUUGCUGGUGGAAGUUUCUCAAGAGACAAUGGUGGGGAUGCUGCUUCCAACCUUCUCUACAGGUAUGAUCCCCGCUGGAAUCAGUGGAUCAAGGUAGCCUCCAUGAACCAACAUAGAGUGGACUUUUAUCUAGCGGCAUUGUCUGAUAGGCUUGUAGCAGUUGGUGGAAGGAAUGAAAGUGGGGCCUUAUCUUCUGUCGAAUCAUAUUGCCCUCAGCAGGACACUUGGACACAUGUAUCAGAGUUGCCAAGAUUCACAUAUGGUCAUGCUGGAACGGUUCACAAAGACUUUAUCUAUAUCUCAGGAGGACACGACUACCAGAUUGGACCAUACAGAAAAAAUCUGCUUUGUUAUGACCAUCGUGCAGACGCGUGGGAAGAAAGGAGGCCUAUGAUUACUGCUAGAGGCUGGCACAGUAUGUGCACACUGGAAGACAGUAUAUAUUCUGUUGGUGGUAGUGACGAUAAUCUAGAAUCCAUGGAACGAUUUGAUAUAUUGAGUGUAGAGUGUUACAGCCCCCAGUGCAAUCAGUGGACGCGAAUAGCCCCAUUGCUUCAGCCAAACAGUGAAUCAGGGGUGGCUGUCCUGGAUGGCAAAAUUUACAUUUUUGGUGGUUACAGCUGGGAAAAUACUAUAUUUUCCAGAACUGUGCAGGUAUAUGACAAAGAGAGACAAAAAUGGGCUAAAGGGACUGACCUACCUAAAGCCAUUGCUGGCGUGUCUGCAUGUGUGUGCAUCCUGAAAUCCGGAACUGACGAGCAAAGUAAAAGAACAAAGACAAAAAGGUACUCUGAUAGAGGCCGAUGAGCGCAGGACCUUUUUAACACAAGUUCUGUGUAUUAAAUUACACAAUCUGUUCACAGCUAGGCAGGAUAUCUGUGGUUUUUCUCAUGUUGGUUCAGGUAGAAGCUGUUGCUUUCUCUUUUUUUUAUGAAAUUAGUUAAUUAUUAUUAUUGAAAUUGUUUUUUUAAAACACAUUUUAAUUCAUUACAGUCCCCAUACACUCCUUACAGACCCAUACGCUCCUUUUUGAGUUACAGUUCCAGUAUUUCCAUUGACCCACAUCCAGAAUUGUACUAUCCUGUUCAUCAAAAGUGGCGUACUUCAUGUUUUGGCAGCUGAGUGGGCACUUCAGUUUGAUGACCUUGUUUAAUGCCAGCACCUCUAAAAUAUUGUGCUCUAUGCAUGUUGUGGCAGUGGCACCACUUCAGAUGAUUCUUGUGGAAAUUUUGUACCACAUUUUUUUCCAGUUAGCUUGCUCAUUUGAGUUUCUUUGUAAAUCAGAGUGAAUGGAAACUGAUAUGUGAUCACUCGUAGCAAGUAGGGUACAGAUUCGUUUUUUGUAUGGGAUGCAGUUAUUAUUUCUUGGCUGAAAAUAAUCCACUUUAUUUUAGAAUACCUUAAACUAAGGUGUAUUGAGCUAUGGCCUUCAUUUCUCUAGACAUCCAUUAUAUUAUUUAGUAAAGAAGAUACACUUACAUUACCAAAUGCCAUUAAUUAGUUGGCUACAGAAAUCAGAAUGAUUUCUUACUUUAUUUAAUUCACUAGUGGGGCUUAUUUGCCAACAGCAUGCAAAUUUGCAAAGCAACCAAUAAGAGAUUCACUUUUUUCAUCCAGCUGCAGGUAGAACAAUGAAAGAAAACAGUCAUUCUUUGCAAUGGGUUGCUACCUAAAUACAAAUUUGCUCUGUCUUGAUAAAUGGGCCACAGUGAAUAUUUCUAAUUAUUUUGACUUAUUGCAGUAUUUUAUGUCUGAUGACUGCUUCAGUUCUAAAGACCUUGGUGCUGUUCAACUGAUUUUGAGCCUUCUGUGCAGCCAAAACUUUUCCACAUUGCAUAGGCAUGCAUCCCCUCCAAGUGGAAGCUUUAGAGCAAACAAAAUUUUCACCUAGUGGUACAACCCGUGUACAGGUGUCAUGCACCCAGGUGCAGUGCAUUGCAAAUGCAGAAGAGGUUCAGAGUCACACUCUGAAACCCAGGAGGUAAGUAGAAUGAUGUGGGAACGGAUCAAGUAGUGUAGUGAUUCUGACCGUAGGAAACUUCACAGCUGCCAUAUACCAAAAGAGUAAUUAAACAAAGCCUUUCUGUUACCCUUUAAAUUGCUUUAUUACCCCUCCCCCAGUUGGCUGAAAUUGCAAUGUUUUAAUUAGGUUUGGUCUAGAUGUCUUAUUGUCUAGAUGUGCUUAUUAAUCAGUAUAAAUUUUACUGAAGACUUUCAGUUACUGCAGCACAGUGGAUCAACGGCUCCAGCAUAACUUCUAAAAUCAAAGUUAGUAGGUCUUUAUAGGAAUUGUUCAGUAUAAAAUUAAAAACUGGGUUAAUAGAUAGGCUAUGCAAAAUAAAAAAUGUUUUAAAUAUACUGUAGUCAGUAAAAUCUAUAAAGGCCAGCAUGAUGGGAUCUCUAACAUAAUAGCCAGAACACUACUCUCUUGGUUUCCACGGAUUGGUUACCAGGCAGUAUUCAAUCAGUGACUUGAGAGGGGGGGCACAUGGGUCAUAACUAUUUGCUUUUGAAUCUGACCUGCAUGCUAAGGAUCAAUUACAAACUUACUGAAAAGUUAUGUCCCAUGUGGCCUCACUUAGUCAAUGACUAAAGGUGGCCAUAGACGUAACAAUUACGAUCUUUCUCGUAAAAAAUCCUUCCAAGAAAGAUCGUUCAUUUCAAUACACACUAACAAUGGACGAUGUUUGGAUCCCUUCAAAGGCACCUGAUCAAAAUUUUCCAUCCAGCCCGAUCGACAAGCCGACCAAUAUACAAAUCUUCCGAUAUCGGCCGGCUCUUUUCCCACCAUACACACACCGAAUAUUGUACAAAAAUUCGUUUUGUAUGAUAUUAUCUGUGCAUAUAUGGCCACCUUAAUUUGGAGUUAGAGAAUUGAAAAGAAGUAGUGUUCUGUUCUG